UCGAAACUGCUUGCAAGAGGCCAAGGCCCCCAACCUCUCCCUGCGGCGGCGCGGCCUGCUCCGGUCGCCAUGGACUACACGCUCGCGGCGCUGAAGAUCUUCGGCUCCCAGCUCGCCGGCGCCACCGAGGCGCCGGCGUCGGAGGGCGCCUCCCCCGCGCAGAUGCUAUUCGGCAUCCGCUUCCAGCGCGCCUGGAUGCAGGGUGUGCUCCUGUCGGCGAACUACAGCGAAGCCGGCGAAGGGCGUCUUGUGCUGGAUGAUGGCUCCUGCGUCGCCGAGCUCUUCGUCUUGCCCAAAGAAGCCGAGGGCCGACGGUGGCUGCCAGGGAUGUAUGUAAUGGUUAUUGGGGCAUACAUUGCAGAACAGUCUAAGGACAAUUAUCCAGCUAUCAAGGUGCAUAAGAUGGUCGACCUCUCUGAGCAGCCGGACCGUGAAGCAAUGUGGUACAUGGAAGUAGCUGAGGCGUACAACUUGUUCUACCUGCCAUUCUCGGUUGCUAGUCCCCCUUCAUGAGCACCGGCCCUUUGAUCUCCAGUGGCUGUAGCAGUAGUUGUAGACCUUAAAUCCUUUAGAAAUAUUUGUUCAAUUAUGCCGAGGGUGCUGGCUUGUGGGUUGUGGCUAAUGGCAUCCUUCUCUUUCCCACGGGCAUGUGUUUGGGGCCCCAUGGCCAUCAACUGGUAUUUGUGGAUUGGAGAGAACUGCGGGAGUUCGUUUUUCCCUCGAUCAGACGAUCACCUUCAAUCCACAAGAGGAAUGGUUUAUCCAAACUAGCCCUAUGAAAUACUCGGACUAUUUGUGAAGUCAAUCCAACCUCUGAAUUUUUUUUUUGAA